GACGUGCGCAGUUCGUUUUUUGGGUUGUCGAGCCAAUGGGAGAGUGGCAUUUUCCGAAUGGUAAAGUGGUGGGAGGGCGGAACGGUGUCGGUUGCGUGCAGGUUGCCAGGCAUGUUCCGCGGCGGCUUUGUAGAAGUGGAUACAAGAGAGAGAGAAUGGUGAAAAGUUAAAAGAGAGAGCCGCAGAGAUGAGAGGAGAGAAACGAAUUUGAUCCACAACAAAAUAGUGAGCCUGUCUCUUCUAAUCGCACAGUUCGUUUUCCACUGUGCUCCUGUAUUCUCUAUUUCACAUCAUUUCUCCGCGCGCACUUAUUUUCUACACAUACAUUAAUUUAACUAUAUUUUCGACAUAUCCACAGUUUUGUUUCGCAUGUUUAUUUUGUGACAUCUGUGUCAUUGCGGCUAAAACAGCUUUUUAUCAUGUCCGGAGGGCAACAUUAUUGCCUACGAUGGAACAAUUACCAAAGCAACAUGACGAGCGUGUUUCACCAGCUGCUGCAAAAUGAGGCCUUCGUUGACGUGACCUUGGCGUGUAAUGACCUUUCGCUGAAAGCCCAUAAGGUGGUUCUUUCAGCUUGUUCUGCAUAUUUUCAAAAGCUCCUAUUAGAAAACCCCUGUAAACACCCAACAAUCAUAAUGCCACAAGACGUCUGUUACGCAGAUCUGAAAUUUAUCAUCGAGUUCGUGUACAAAGGAGAAAUCGAUGUUUCGCAGGCGGAAUUACAGUCAUUACUAAAAACAGCAGAUCAACUUAAAAUAAAAGGUUUGUGUGAAAAUCCGGACGAGAACGAAGAUAUCGAAUCGAGCUUCGCGUUCGAAGGAAGAAGACAUAAAAUACGACGGAUCGGAUCUCCUAAACCGCAACAUAACAAAUCCGUAACGGAAAACAACAACAGGAAACACAAACAGAAAAGGUCGGAAAGGCGGAAAUCGCAGGAUAAAGACGAUAAAGAAAAUUGUAAUAAAGAAAACAAUACAGAAAAUACCGGUAAAGAUGAAGUGAAUAACGACGUUGGUUCGGACGAGGAAAAUGAGAUGCCAAUUGCCUUAGACGAAGAGAGUAAGAAGAGGAAACUUACAGAGAGCGAAGAGACCCGCGUUAAUAUGACUAGUCAUGGACCGUUACCUGAACAAACUUUCUCGUUCUCUCAGUUCGGAGUGGAUAACGAUGAUUUCCCACCAGAGCCGCUGGCACCGACUGCUAUCCCGGUCGGAAACGUAGACAUGCAUGACCACUCUCCCACUAGAACAUUGCUGACUAACUCUUCAAUCGAUAGGACUGACCUAUCAGAUUCCACCGUGAAAUAUUGCGAUAUUAAAAAAGAAUCUAGUAGUAUUAAUAUUAAAUUGGAGGCUCUUCAAUCGUACGAUGAUGAUCAAUCUUUAUUGGAAAUGGAUAGUAGUCGAAUAUCGGGUCAUGAUCAUUCCAUGGAUAGUGUGGAUGAGGGAAAACCUGAAUUACACACGAUGAUGAUAACACCCGAAUUAUUAGGGAUGAUGCCACCAACAGGUCCUCAUGGAUUAGAUUGUAGUUUAGAUUCUUCCUCAAUAAAAAGUAACGGCCAUUCGGAUCAUCCUUCAGGACGGGGACACGGCGGUGGGCCAAAAACAUGGACUCAAGAAGACAUGGAAUUAGCUUUAGACGCGUUGAGAAACCACAAUAUGAGUUUAACGAAAGCAUCGGCAACUUACGGAAUCCCAUCGACGACGUUAUGGCAACGAGCUCAUCGAUUGGGAAUAGAUACCCCUAAAAAGGAAGGUCCGACGAAAUCCUGGACGGAGGAAAGUUUAAAUUCCGCACUGGAAGCUUUAAGAACGGGAACGAUUUCCGCGAAUAAAGCCAGUAAAGCUUACGGUAUUCCAAGCAGCACCUUGUACAAAAUAGCACGGAGAGAAGGGAUACGAUUGGCGGCGCCGUUUAAUGCGGCACCUACAACAUGGACCCCGGAAGAUUUAGAAAAAGCUUUAGAAUCCAUAAGAUCUGGGCAAACGUCCGUGCAGAAAGCUUCGACUGAAUUUGGGAUUCCAACGGGGACGUUAUACGGAAGGUGUAAAAGAGAAGGGAUCGAAUUAAGUAGGUCUAAUCCUACACCUUGGUCUGAAGACGCUAUGGGCGAAGCGUUAGAAGCAGUCAGAUUGGGUCACAUGUCGAUUAAUCAAGCAGCGAUUCAUUAUAACCUGCCGUAUUCGUCGUUAUAUGGCCGAUUUAAAAGGGGGAUUAAAUACGAAGCUGAAUGCAUAGAUGGAAAUUCGGAUAGUCAAUCAAACUUGGAUGCUCAAAGUCACAUGAUGGAGUACAGUAAUAACUCGCACCAUCAAAUACAGUACCAACAUCAUCCGCCAAAUAGCUGAAACAUGUAUUAUUAAUUUGUUGGAGAUAACAACAAAAUUUUCUAUUUUUUUUU